AUGGACUCGGCAUCAUUGGAAUCAACAGAGGUAUGCUUUGAGGAAAGUGUUUGGUGCAUGCCACUGGUGAUUGGUUUGGCCGAUGCCGGUAAGUUCGACCGGGUGUUUGCAGUCCUUCUCGUUUUCUUGAACCUUGGCAUGCAGACAGCCUUCUCCUGGGUUCUGCUGUCCGAUUCCUUUAUGGGCGCCGCUUUCGAUUCCAACAUUGACCACGCAAAGAAGUGGCGCACCAGCGUGGCGCACGACUAUAAGUUCAUCGAUCUGGCAGACACCAGCUUGGUCUCCCGGGUGUGCAGCGGUGACGGGGCCUUGAUUCUGUCCACAACGCAGGCGAACCUCAUCAACCACAUCAACAGCUUCCUCGGCCUCAAGGACGGCAGCCUGCAAGCUCCAUUUUUCCGGCCUGGCGUCUUACUUUGCACGGUCUGCAUUAUCUUGUGGACCUUAUGCGUUUACAAGGAGUUCCGCUCGAUUUGGCUGCAGAUGGAGGCUGCGAUGACGAUCCCCAAAAGAAGUACGACAAAGGUCCGCAACCACACCUUUCUGAGCAUGUCUUAUGGGCGCUUCCUGCUACUUCUCACCACGUACAUUGCUCGCACUGCAAUUGCGACUGUCCUAUUGGUCGCUGGAGUUCUAUGGCUGGCCCGAACAACCUCCAUCGAAGAGUUGAUGUUGAACGCCGUCGCUCUCAAUGCCAUUUUGGACGUGGACGAGUUUCUCUUCGCUGGCAUGCUUCCACUGAGGUACCAGCACGCCAUUCGAAGGCUCGAUCCAAUCAAAGUAAGCUACAGUCACGGAAGGAGUCAGGCGGAGUCCUUCUUGCACUUUCUUUCUUUGGGCAGUCUUGUGUUGGCUUCGUAUUUCCUGCUGAUCGGGCCGCUGUCCGAGACAAUGCUGACAGUCAUCCGGGAGAUGUGUGGAGGAACACAGAACUUCGCGGUCUCUUACAACUCCAAUACGCAGAGGCCGUAUGGACUCAUGACAGAGAUUCCUGGCACUGCCCGGAACCUCACGCACACAGAGCUGGCUGUGGAAUCUCAUAAGGCCACCUCGCCUGAGACGCUUGCCGGAGGGUGUCAGGUUAAGCCCUUGCUUCUUGAGACGUUUACUGUUGACCAACGGUUUUUACACAAGCGGCGGUAA